UCUAUCUUCUUUUUCCUUCAGAUACUUUUCUUUGGAUUUGGGUGGCUUUUCUUCAUGCGCCAACUGUUUAAGGACUACGAGGUACGUCAGUAUGUCGUACAGGUGAUCUUCUCGGUGACUUUUGCAUUUUCUUGCACCAUGUUUGAGCUCAUCAUCUUUGAAAUCUUAGGCGUGCUGAAUAGCAGCUCCCGUUACUUCCACUGGAAACUGAACCUGUGCGUCAUUCUGCUGAUCCUGGUCUUCCUGGUGCCUUUCUACAUCGGCUAUUUUAUUGUGAGCAACAUCCGCCUGUUGCACAAACAGCGACUGCUUUUUUCCUGUCUCUUAUGGCUGACUUUUAUGUAUUUCUUCUGGAAACUAGGAGAUCCAUUUCCCAUUCUCAGCCCAAAACACGGGAUCCUGUCCAUAGAGCAGCUCAUCAGCCGAGUGGGUGUGAUCGGUGUGACUCUCAUGGCUCUUCUCUCAGGAUUCGGUGCUGUCAACUGCCCGUACACGUACAUGUCCUACUUCCUCAGGAAUGUGACGGAUGUAGACAUCCUAGCCCUGGAACGGCGACUGCUCCAAACCAUGGACAUGAUCAUAAGCAAAAAGAAAAGGAUGGCAAUGACCCGGAGAACCAUGUUCCAGAAGGGGGAGGUGCAUAACAAGCCGUCGGGAUUCUGGGGGAUGAUAAAGAGCAUUACCACGUCAGCUCCAGGAAGUGAGAAUCUUACUCUAAUUCAACAGGAAGUGGAUGCUUUGGAAGAACUAAGCAGGCAGCUUUUUCUGGAAACAGCUGAUCUACAUGCUACCAAGGAGAGAAUAGAAUACUCCAAAACUUUCAAGGGGAAAUAUUUUAAUUUUCUGGGUUACUUUUUCUCUAUUUACUGUGUUUGGAAAAUUUUCAUGGCGACCAUUAAUAUAGUUUUUGACAGAGUGGGGAAGACUGAUCCUGUCACAAGAGGCAUUGAGAUCACUGUGAAUUAUCUGGGAAUCCAAUUUGAUGUGAAGUUCUGGUCCCAACACAUUUCCUUCAUUCUGGUUGGAAUAAUCAUUGUCACAUCUAUCAGAGGACUGCUGAUCACUCUUACCAAGUUCUUUUACGCCAUCUCUAGCAGCAAGUCCUCCAACGUCAUCGUCCUGCUGUUGGCACAGAUAAUGGGCAUGUACUUCGUCUCCUCGGUGCUGCUGAUCCGCAUGAGCAUGCCCCUGGAGUACCGCACCAUCAUCACCGAAGUCCUCGGGGAGCUGCAGUUCAACUUCUACCACCGCUGGUUCGACGUGAUCUUCCUGGUCAGCGCGCUCUCCAGCAUCCUGUUCCUCUACCUGGCUCACAAGCAGGCACCAGAGAAGCAUAUGACCCCUUGAACUCACGGCUGUUGCAGACUGCGAACAGGCCAGUGGUGUCCGCAUUUAGAUAGAACAAGGGAAAAUGGAGGGGACCGGGGCCUAGAAUUUUUUAUACAAACAAGAUGCUGCGGUAGCCUGUUCCACCUGCAGCUAUGCCUUCCUCUCAGACCAUACAGUGACCGUGAGCCGCGCUGGCUGGAGCAGAGCCAGGUGACUGAAGCUGGUGCUCAGCCGGGAGGUUCCUGUGGGUUUAAGGCUGGUGCAGCGUUGUGGGGGGAGAAGGACACUGGAGUCCGGGGUAAGCGAGUCUGCGGUAGCGGGGCCACGCAUGUGGGGUUUCUGCUGAAGUCGAGGUUCACACGGAGGAAGUUUUGGCUUCCCUGAGAUUGACUGUCAUUAAAAUCCGAGAUUGUAAGUCUGGCCUUAGCUUUAUUUCAUCAAGGACAGCUCCGUGUUUGCUUGUAUGAUCUCACAUGAGUUAGCUUCCCCCUCCCCCCCAAUCCUUACCCCAUUAAAAUAACCAAGAGCUUGUCUGUUCUUUCCUGGGGUAGGAUGGGGUGCAACUGAAAGAGAUUCCACCAAGAGAGAUUUCAAGGGUGCCGUUUUUCCUGAUUUCCUUUCACUUAGUAUCAUGUAAGAGUGAAUUAUUCUACAUUCAAUUAAGUAAUGAUGGCUCAUAUUUUCUUCCCUUCUGCCCCUCAUACUGUGGGUAAAACAAUGAAUAACUAACUGGAAUAGUCACUUUUUUCUGACUCAGUUUCUUCAUCUAUAAAAGGAAGAUGUUGGAAAAUUUGUAGAACACUCAGAAAUGCCAUUUAAGAAAAAUCCUUAAUUUUACUACCAGGAAGUCUCUAUUACUAAGGUCUUAUUCUGAAUUUUAUUUUGUUUUUGGUUCCUAGAGGCAAAACAAAAAUUAAAGCAUAAAAUGCUUACCAAAAACAAACACAAUUCAGGUUAGAUCAGCUAACAGGGAAGGUUCAAGCAACUCAAAAGACAUUUUUAAUGGCAUUUAUUUUAGUAACCACACAUUCUUUAAAAAGCAUAAUUUUAAUAGGCAAACUCAUGUCCUUUAAUUAGCAGCUUCACAUUUACAGAUUCAUGAAUCAUCUUUGGUGCUCAAGGAGCCCAUAGAAGUAAGAGAUGUCAUCAUACAGAGAAAUACAGUUACGUUGAAGCUUGGAAGAGAUUACAUGAAAAGAAUCUGGUCCCGCCUUAGCUUCUCCUAAGUUGACCAUAAAUAAGCCGUCGGCAAUAGGCACUCGAGACAAAUGACAACAGAAAACAAUUGCACGUGAUGGGCCGGUUUCCAGAGCGUUUUUCACCAGAGACGGCAGGUGGGUGGCCGUUCAUCCCUUGGAAAGGACUCCGAUUAAAUACCCAGAAACAGCGCUCAGCCACAGCCAUUGUUCGUUCCCAUCACAUCCUGGUAUCCUCAGAAUUGGAAGAAGACUGCGAGGCUGUGCUGUGGGCCUGUGCAAGAGAAGGCGAAGGGUCUGUGAGUGCUGGAGCGUGGAUGUAAGCCCGGGGGUAGGGUCGUGACUAGAAGCCAGGUGACCCGACUUCUACACUUGGCUUUGCUUUCAGCUUGCUGUCUGAAACCAAUUUCCUUUCUAUAACUGACUCCCUGCAGAGAUGUUAUAGAAUUCUUGAAAGACAAUGAGAAUACUUUCUUGUUAAGAAAUCUAUAAUAUGGUCAGUGGCUAUUAUGUGUGCCUUGUCUGAAUAUUUGUCUCUCCCCCAAAUGCAUAUGGUGAAAUCCUUAUCCCCAAGGUGAUAGAAUGGGAGGGUAGGGCCUGGGGGUGUGAUGAAGUCAGGAGGGCAGAGCUGGGAUUGUGCCCUUAAAAAAGAGGGCCCCAGGGCUCCCCAGCUCCUGCCACCCUGAAGGGGCAGAACAAGAAGUCCGGGUCUGCAAACCUCGGAGAGGCCUUCAUGGGCACCAAUCUGCCGGCACCUUGAACUUGGACUCCCCAGCCUCCAGAAUUGUGAGAAAUAAAUGUUUGUUGU